CCCGUACUCGUUCAAUGUAAAUAACGCAUUUGCAAGGAAGUCAUAACCGUUCAUUGCAAGCAACUUACUGAACUAUUAGGGUGUUGUGUGUGCAAAUGUUUGGACUGCAAAAUAAGAUUAAGAAAGAAAACUAUACAACGGAGAACAUGACCUACUCCUACUGGAUUAAUUAAAAACAACCGUCUUCGCACUCAAAAUGGAUAUAUCAGAAACUCCAAUGUGUGGGGACCACCCAUCGGUCCACGGCGAGGCCGUAUGCAUGAAGCACAGACAAAUUAUCUGCAUGAAGUGUGUCCUUGAAGACAAGAAACAUAGCCGCAAGAAAUGUGAGGUGAGAGUUAUCAAGAACAUGGAAACAACUGGCGAGAGGAACCUUGUCGCUCUUCUUGCACUAAAAUUUGGCAUCACUCUGAAGAAAACCAAACUUGAAUCGCAUAUGGAAAACACGGAUGUUGAGAAGCAAAACUUGAAAAGGAAGGUAGAGAAGUAUUUUUAUAAAUUGCAGGAGGAAUUGCAGAAGAAGUUUGAAAGUUCAUUGAAAUCGAUUGACGAUAAAGUGACUGUUAUUCAGAACACUAACCGCAGUCGAAUGGAAAGUAUCGAUUCAUCCAUUGCAAUGUUCGAUACUGAGAUUGAGCGAAUGCUUAACAAGAAAGGGAGUAAGGUCGACGAUGGUAGUGAUAUGUUUUCCCUACGACAGAAUGUGAAGAAUCUGCCGUUCACGGACGUACACACAUCGUCCGGAUUUCACGUCGAUACAACUCUGAAACAGGCCGUGUACGGAAACAACCCGUAUCUCGGUCAGAUUUUGAUAGACGAAGAUGACGAACAAUAUGAAGGCUUACAAGAAGACAAUGAAUACCUGACGCCAGUGACGUCAAAACUUAUAACAACUCCUGGUAAAGACACAGACGAUACCCUAGGACAGACAAAUUACGACACGCUUGAAAAUACUGGUAAAGAACAUGGACCGUACACGACACUCGCUAAACAAGCUGGGAAACCAAAAAUAUCUUCAACAACAACAAAUCAAGUUACACCUAAGAAGUUAAGCGCUGGUCGUUUCAGAGAGCCUUUACCAGCUGUUCCAACUGAGAAAUCAGAAGAACAAAAUUACGAAAAAUAUGAAAGCAUGAGUAAGAAAGCUGCAGUGACCAAAGGGUCCUCAACACCAGAAGUAAAGCCAAAUAAACAACCGGUCGUAAAGCUACCCGAGCGGCAGAAGUCUCUGCCAAACUUCUCGCCAGCCUCUCCCAAAACGACUCCUGAAAAUCCCUAUUUUAACCUUAAACUUCAAUCUGCAAAGAAGGAACAACCAUGUGACAGACCGAAACCAAAUCCAGUUGAAGUCAAAGUAAAUGUUACACAGGGACAGUCAAAUAGCGAGAAGGAAUCAAAAUCCACAAUAGGUCGCGGCUCCGAAAAAAGGGUAGUUGCUAGGUCAUCACUGUUAGACAAAUUUCCCGCACUAAAGGCCAAAGCUGAAGGAACUGAUAUCAUUCACAAACACAAGUCUUCCAGCGUUCUGGAUUUAAAGAAUACAUCCUCAACUCUCUCGACGAAAGAUAUCAAGCGUACGAUUGUGAAUAUCAAUUUACUUAGUACAAAUCGAGUGGUGUUACUCGACGUUCGAAAUUCAGCGAUAAUUUUAGCUGGUACUGAUGGACAUGUAAUAUCCGAGCCCAAGGGAAGUCACUACAUAAGUAUGGUCGGAAACGAUAGAGGUAAGGUUGCUGUUCUUGGACGAGGGACGAAACUUCAUCUUACCAUCUACAUGGCUAUUGCAGAACAAAUAGAAGUUCAAACAAGUACAGACAUUCAAUGCGAUAUUGUUGACGUGAUUGGUUUCGAUUUUAACGACGAUGCUCGCGAAUAUGCCGUCAGCGGAAACGGAAAAUUAGUUAUUGUCAUGGAGACUGGCAAAACAAAGCAUUCCCUAUCCUUUGCAGCAUGCAUGACGGGAAAAGAAAAGGCGGCCGACUUGAAAACGUCAUAUGACUUUGAAAUGAACUGUAUGUUUAUUCUGGACACGUCGUUGCAGUCUUUGAAGCGCUUUGACAUUGCCGCCAACAAAAAGAAGUGGGAAGUGAAGAUAGAAAACGGGAAUUUGGGACCGGUGGCACUUUUCAAUGGAACCAAAGCGUUGUACAUUUUAUUCAAGGACGGGAUAAAAAUUGUGAAUAAAGCAUCCGGUGCUGUUGGAAAGCUUGUGAAGACGUCCAAUGUUGUCGGCGAGGCCAGAGGCUUAUACGUAGAUGAGAAAAAGAACAUCGCCAUGAUCUCUUCAGAUUCUCAAGACGAGGAAAAAUCGAACACCUUCGGCAUUGUGGCUUUGUAAAAAUAUGUUUGUAGAGUAAAGGGAAGCAGUUUAAACUGUCGGGCCCAAAUAUGUCCGACGAAUCUUACUGACGAACGUAUCGAUCAACCGUAUUUAUUUCAAUGAAAUAUAUAUGAGUUAGUUAUUCUUUCUUUUCCGAAACUAAAAUAUAUAUGGAUCGGUGACGUGUAUAUGUUUAAGCAAGUAAAACUUUCAAUUAAAAUAUUACACUGAAAUUCUUUAUCCUGCUAUAUUCUGUCGUGCGAUCGUUGGGGAAGAAAGGAACAUCUUCGUUUAACUGUAUACGAAUUUCAUGUUUACAUUGGCAUGUACAAUGCUUAAUAGAUGUCGCCUUAAAGGUAUAAUAUUGAAGCCGGGACCAGUUGUGUUUACUAAUAUGAGAUUUACUAAACAUGUCAUUGUUUAUGUGUUGUGUAUUGUUAUGUAUAUAUCUAUAAUUAAACUACAUUAAUCGGAA